GGUCUCUUAGCGAGGCGCCGUAAUCGCCGCCCAGAGGCAGGAGGGCGGCCGAGCGAGGAGCUGCUAUGGUGCAGAGUUCCCCGGCGCAGCCGACCGAGACGCGGCGGUCGCGGCCAUGAAGUGAUAUUUGGAAAAAUCUGCCUCAGCCUAUAGAGCUGUGCCAGUCCCGUAGCUACCAGUAUAAGGUUGCCAGAUGGAGAGUAUUUAGGACGCCAUUACAUCAGGAUUUCAGGCGGGUGCCACAUCUAUGUGGGCUUCAUGCUGUGGGCUGCUGAAUGAAGUCAUGGGAACCGGAGCUGUCAGGGGCCAGCAGUCAGGAUUUGCAGGAGGCACUGGGCCAUUCAGAUUUACACCAAACUCUGACUUUUCCACGUACCCACCAGCACCUACAGAAGGGCCCAAUAUAGUCUGCAAAGCCUGUGGACUUUCAUUUUCAGUCUUUAGAAAAAAGCAUGUAUGCUGUGACUGCAAGAAGGAUUUUUGCUCCGUUUGUUCGGUCUUACAAGAAAAUCUCCGCAGAUGUUCCACUUGUCACUUACUGCAAGAGACGGCCUUUCAGCGCCCCCAGUUAAUGCGACUGAAAGUGAAGGAUCUACGUCAGUAUCUCAUUCUCAGAAACAUACCAAUUGAUACCUGUCGAGAGAAAGAAGACUUGGUAGACCUAGUAUUGUGCCACCAUGGGCUGGGUUCUGAGGAUGACAUGGACACAAGCAGUCUGAAUUCCUCGAGGUCCCAAACGUCUAGCUUUUUUACACAUUCAUUUUUUUCAAACUACACAGCCCCCUCUGCUACCAUGUCUUCGUUUCAGGGAGAGCUUAUGGGUGGAGCCCGGACCUUAGGAUCUGGAACGCUGGCACAGGUACAAAGUGAAAUAGCUUCAGCAAACACAGAAGAGGACGAGGAUGAGGACGAGGACGAUGAUGAAGAAGAUGAUGAAGAAAACUUGGAGGAUCAGAUGCCUGGCCUUUCUAAGAAGAGAGUGAGAGCUUCACUGUCUGACCUGUCAAGUCUUGAAGAUGUGGAAGGGAUGAGUGUGCGCCAGCUGAAGGAAAUCCUGGCACGGAAUUUUGUCAACUAUUCUGGCUGUUGUGAAAAAUGGGAGCUGGUAGAGAAAGUAAACCGGUUAUACAAAGAGAACGAAGAAAACCAAAAGUCAUAUGGCGAGCGGCUGCAGCUGCAGGACGAGGAGGAUGACAGCCUGUGCCGGAUCUGCAUGGACGCCGUCAUCGACUGUGUCCUGCUCGAGUGCGGGCACAUGGUCACCUGCACCAAGUGUGGCAAGCGCAUGAGCGAGUGUCCCAUCUGCCGCCAGUAUGUGGUGCGUGCUGUGCAUGUGUUCAAGUCCUGAACUGAGGCUCGCCCCAUGGGACACUUGAUCCCAAGCUCGAUCCCAGACAUUUCAAGGCACAGGAGGUACUAGAAACUUACUGUUCAAAGGCCGAAGCUAUUUUUUAAAGUUAUUUUCACUACUAACUGGGCACCCGAAGAUUCACCCAAGUUUCAGCAACACGGGUCCACGCCAUGCGCCCACCUGCCUGUGGACCGUGCGCUCCCAUGUCGUCAGGCUUCAUCCCACGUUGCGAUCACUCAUUGCCAAAGUCAGACUGCUCGUGGCACCUGCUACCGCUCCUUGGGAGGAUGUUUAUCUCGUUCUCUUAUUUCUCCUUCACCCUAUUUUUAACUUAAACUACUUGAAGGUUUGAAACUUACGUUCUUUUUGGAUUAGGUCACUGUCCACAAGUGGCCAACGUGGUACGUGCUGAGCAGUGGCCCCUCUGAAUGUUCACAUUACUAUUUGAUGAAUGUAAGUUUCCACAUUGUUGCUAUUCCUGCGUUUACGUGUAAUUGGGAACUGACAUUCUGUAGUCAACUGCCAGGGCCUUAGACGAAACAUGUCCAUUUCUGUUCAUGUACAGCUUUUUAUAGCAAGGGCUGCAUCUAGCUUCUUUCAUUAGAGAAGUACAUGUGUUACAUUCUUUAUUAACGUGUAACCAGUUUACACUGUUUUGUAUAGUGAAAGUGUAUUUUCAGUGCUACCCGCUAGCUAAUUUGAUCUUUAGAAAUAAAAUUAGAGUUAACUGCUUUUGUUUACAUUGUCCCAGUCAGUUCCUACUUCCCGCGGGUACAGCAUGAAUGGGCGUCUGUGUCUGUUCUCGCACCCUUCUUCAGGGACGGCAGCUUCUUCAGAUGCUGCCGUGAUUUGCCUCUGCUGCCGACCUCCCAGUGAGGUUAACUCACUGUUUCCCAUGGUGACCAGGUUCUGUGCCAGCUGCUUCAGUCCUCUCCAGCAUCCAGAAGUAGAUGUCGCCUCAUUUCACAGACACAGAGCAUGACCUCUGAGGAGUUAAGGAACUUGUCUAGAAUCUCAGUUAAAAAGUGGCCACAGCUGAACUUGAACCUAGUUCUGAUUUAAAAAAAAAAUUUUUUUUUGACUCUUUGGUAUCUUGCAGCAAAUGAGAAAUCUGGGACAUGAGCAUGUCCAAUGGUUUCCUAGGAACGUGAAUGAUCUUUUGAAUGCAGCAGGUCACACGUGUGCUGCCAGAUGGCCAGGGACGGUCAAACUGUGAACUCAGAGGCAGGAAAUGUUUCCAGUUUAGAAGGCGCUCAUGCCGAUCUUUUCUGGAUUUAAGGGUCGGCAUGGAAGUCAAGGCCUGUGGAUAUUUUCAGGUGCCCUCUGUUGGUUGCAGCGCCGUGGGUGGGGUCUUCCCAGUAACGGGCCUCACUAUGGAAGCAGGAAAGUCUGGCCCCUGCUGGAGUCAGAUGCGCUGAGUUUGUACUUGCUGUGAGAUAGUGACUGGAAAAUCGGUCUUCCCCCACCACUGGCUAACUGGGCGGAGGGAAGUCUUCAAAUCCAAGCCAGCAGAUGAGAAUUAGCACUUUGAAAAGGAGCUGAGCAGUGGGUUUUGGUUUGUCUAACGCUAAAUUGGAAGAUUGACAUAUUUGUAUGUGGUCUCAGCUUAACAUGGCUCGUGUCUUCCUCCUGGAUUUAUACUAAGGUGUCUGGCUCUAGAGAGAGUACGAGCACCCUGAAUAUGGCGGAUUUUCCUUGGUAGCAUCUGAAGUAACCUUGGUUUAGUGGCUAGCUAGCAAAUUUUUAGUCUAAUAGACUGGACACUUCAAAUAACUGAAUUACAAGGCACUAACUUGUUUGGUACUAACAUUUCCCCGCGGAUCCUGCAUUUUCUCACUGGUACACACGCCCCUUACAGUUAGUUUCUUGAAUAGGUGAUAUGUCACAUGAACAAGGUGCCGAAGGCCCACAGUGGGAGACAGGUACACCCCCCUGUCCUGUUCCCACCACAAAAGGACAUCACUUGAUGCUCGGACUUUAAAGGGGUCUUUCUCCGUAAAUUCUCAGUGUCCCGGAGGAGGGGGUGGAGCCCCCCUCCCUUGCGGGUUAGGAAGUUGAGACCUAACCCAGGAAAGCGCUCCCUCUGCUGUACGGUCCUCUUAAUGCGUCAGCUACGGGGUGUGGCCUUGCGAGUUGUCUGCACGCAUCUAGCUUAGGCUGGCCUCGAAAGGCUCAUUUCUGAAAUGAAAACCAUACUGGACAUCACCUUCCGGACCGUUCAGUAUCCCUGGGGGCUCAUCUGGGACCACAGCACUGCUGGGCCUGCCUCAGUCUGGGAGACACUGUGGCUCCCUAGGGGAGCCUGGCUGCCCUUCCCUCACCGCCUCUUGAGACCUGUGCUCCUGGAUACACUGCAGGACCAACUGGGCCCCUAAACCCGAGAACUGUUCACCUAGAACCACUACUGCCCUCAAGGCAUUUGCCAAGGAAGGCUCACUUGACUGGAGAUGGAGUAACUCUUAUUUGGAGGUUUGGAAAUCUCAGGCUAAGACGACGACCAAAACUUUACCUUUCAUGGGGGUGGUCCGUGAUGACUCAUCAGGCAUGCCAAAGUAAGCCUCGUUUUUGUAAAUAAACUGUAGCUAAACUAAUCUUACCUCUGUUAAUGCAUCUCCUGAGUUUAAUUCUGAGGUCCAACUGCUUCAAGUGUCUCCAGUUUGAGUCAGAAAGGAUCUCUGGGCUAAAUCUAGGUGGAAUCUAAAACCCUUUCACCAUGACGAAAAUACAAGAGAGGCAAAGGGGGCAAUAUGAAACCACUGUCAGCAGAAAAGGCUCACCCCAGGAGACUUGAGGUAGUUGGGUCAUCUUGCCCGUUUUCAGAUUCACUAGAGUAGUCGUUUCUGUAUGAGGUCCCAGGGUUCUGUCAUUAAAA